UUUAUAAAUACCACAUCACAGCAUGUGUAUGUCGCCGCCGCAUGUGUGCUUGAAAUUAUCUUACGAUUAUUGAAAAAUAGUUCGGAAAUAAAAUGGAUAUUAAAUAUGAAGUUAAGACAUCGGAAGAAUUGGGCAGAUACCUAGUAGCUGCCAGGGAUUUGAGAUCAGGGGAGAGGAUACUAUCGGACCAGCCAUUCGUGCUAGGACCGAGCAGUGAUACAUCUCUCGUUUGCUUUAACUGCUAUCUACCGUUGAUAAACAAAUUUCACGUGUGCAAGUUCUGCGCGGUUGCGCCGAUUUGCCCUGGCGAUGGGUGUCCUGAUGAAUUAGCGAAAUGGCACGUACAAAAGGAAUGUGAUUUUUUCAGAGAAUUGAAACUGAAUAGUGGUUUGAGUCCUAUUAAAAUGGUUCAAAAUGUGGGCUCAUUACUAGCAUUACGAGUGGUUUUACAAAAGAAUAAUAAUCCGAAAGGAUGGGAAGAAUUCAUAAAGCUUGAAACACAUUUAGACAAGCGAAGAAAUAGUAGUGUAUGGGAAUUCUAUGAAAAUACGGUUAAAUUCCUCGAAUCACUAGGCCUUCCAGAAAACGAUGACGAUCAAAACUUAGUGCAGAAAGUCUGUGCGGCCAUUGACGUUAACAGUUUUGAUGUACGUGGUCCUCCAAUCCCCACACUGGGCUAUGCUGAAACACUCAGAGGAAUAUAUUUACAGGCUGCGUUAUUAGCUCAUGAUUGUGUUGGAAAUACGUUGAUAUCUAUAAAUGAUAAUAACGUGUUAUUGUGCCACGCUAGCCAGGAUAUUAAGAAAGGGGACAUGAUAUUUUAUAAUUAUACGGACCCGUUGAAGGGAACAGCCUUAAGACAAGAGCAUCUCCUAGUGGGUAAAUAUUUCCAAUGUACAUGUACUCGAUGCAACGACGAAACCGAGUUAGGGACGUAUAUAAGUUCUGCACGCUGUCCUGCGUGCAAAACGGGAUAUUUGUCAAAAAAAGGAGAUAUAUGGAAAUGCAAUAGUUGCAAAGAAAAAGCUGACGAUUCGGUAAUUGGCUAUAAAGUUAAAUGCUGUACGAACAAAUUUGAAGUUAUAAAUAAAAAAGAUGCAAGUGAGUUAGAAGAAUAUAUUCGUAACGUCUCUCUCGUGCUGGCUCCAAAUCACUAUUUACUAAUAGAUGCAAAGCAAAGGUUAGCGGGUGUUUUAAGAGACGCCAUUAACAGAGAACCUAAACCCACUAAGAAAAUGAUGCGUCGCAAGCUAGACCUGUGUCAAGAACUCUUGCCUGUACUUGAAGUCUUAAGCCCUGGUAUUAGCAGAACUAAAGCAAUUACGAUGUACGAACUGCACUUAGCAAUAGUGCAAUUGGGUAAAAAGUUAUUCGAUGCACGUGAAUUAACCGCCCCAAAAUAUUUAGACGAGUUACUAAGUGCUGAAAAAUAUUUAAAGAAGGCAUUGGAAAUGUUAUUAAUUGAACCAGGAAAUUCACCUGAAGGACAGCUUUGCUCCAAGGCCUUAGAACAAUAUAGAAUGUUGAAAAACGAUAUGAGUAAUAUUCUGGAUGGUAUACAUGAAGAGGGAAAAGUAUACGUCACUGAAAUCGACAGUGAAACUCUAAAUGAUGUGGAUUAGUUAUUACAAUGUAAUAAUAUAUGCUGAUAAUUAUAUGUUAGUGCUGAUUUACACAGGGUCAGUAGACAAGUCAGUCGCAGCGCCAAUUUCGGCGCCGCGACAGACUUUAACUGUUUACAUGAAGUAAGUAGUAGUGGUGCGUUUCUCACGGUGACCACACGUUUGUGAAGUCAGUGGGAAAAAUGAAUUCGCGAAAACAACUGAAACGACGAUUUAAUUAUUUGUUGAAAAAUUUAUCAAUUUUGCUGUUGAAUGAGUUAAUAGAAAUUGUAGAAAAUGAGAUAUAACUAAAAAUUAACGACAAUGGGUA